CCUAAAGCUAAGGCCCCUUCAGGCUUCUCUCUCAACUAUCAAAGGCUUCUUUCUUAGAUAUUUUUCCCUCCAUCUACAACUCUGCAGUCUUGUGACUCUUUUCUGAUUUGAGCAAGCACAUUACUUGAUAAUUUGCACCACUUUAAUUGCCUUGCAAGCCUGUUUAUAUAUAUUCAUAAAAUGCCAAAGGCACGUACUGCUGCUGAAUCAGUGGAAUCUGAAGGAAAGAGUGAGCCCGAACAGCUUGUUGAGUCUGACGAGAGGGUUGAUAUUGAUGAGGACAGUGAUACUGAGGAGACCAUGGAAGAAGAGGUGGAGUACGAAGAAGUGGAAGUAGAAGAAGAGGAAGAAAUAGAAGAGGAGGUGGAAGAAGAAGAAGAUCAGAAUGUUGAAAAUGCUAAUGGAGAUGAUGCUUCUGAGACUGAAGUUGAAGAUGGGGAUGAAAAUACAAAGCAUGCUGAGCUUCUUGCUCGUCCACCUCACGGUUCUGAAGUUUAUAUUGGAGGCAUUCCACAUGAUGUAUCUCAGGAGGAUUUGAAAGGCUUUUGUGAAUCUGUUGGAGAAGUUACUGAGGUUCGGAUUAUGAAAGAUAAAGAUUCAAGUGAAAACAAGGGCUUUUCAUUUGUGACCUUUAGAAGCGUACAAUUGGCCUCAAAAGCCAUUGAUGAGCUAAAUAAUACUGAAUUUAAGGGUAGAAAAAUUAAAUGUUCUACAUCCCAAUCAAAGAAUCAAUUAUUUAUUGGUAAUAUUCCUAGAAGCUGGAGAGAGGAACACCUAAGGAAGGUUUUGUCAGAUGUUGGGCCCGGAGUUACUGGUUUGGAAUUGGUGAAGGAUAUGAAGAACUUAAGUAAUAACAACAGGGGCUUUGCCUUUGUUGAGUACUAUAACAAUGCAUGUGCUGAAUAUUCAAGGCAAAAGAUGAUGAAUCAAGAAUUCAGGCUUGGUUAUAAUACACCAAUUGUGAGCUGGGCCGAUCCCAAAACUACUGAUUCUGCUGCUGCUGCUCAGGUGAAGGCACUUUAUGUAAAAAAUUUGCCCAAGGAUGUCACUCAAGAUCAGUUAAUGAAGCUAUUUGAACAUCAUGGAAAGAUAACAAAAGUGGUUCUACCUCCAGCAAAACCUGGACAAGAAAGAAAUAGAAUUGCUUUUGUUCAUUUUGCUGAGAGAACUUGUGCUAUGAAAGCUCUGAAUAGCUCAGAAAAAUAUGAACUAGAUGGUCAAGUGGUGGAAUGUUCUCUUGCAAAGCCUCUUGUGGAUCAAAAGAGUCCACACCGGGGGUCAAGUUCUGAGACAUCAGGUUUUCUUCCUUAUCCACCUCACAUUGGCUAUGGUUUCAUCGGGGGAUCUUAUGGUGCUGUAGGUCCAGGAUAUGGUGUUGCAGGCCUUCCACAGCCACAGCCAUUAAUCUAUGGGAGGGCACCAACUCCAACUGGCAUGUCAAUGAUGCCAAUGCUUCUACCUGAUGGCCGAAUUGGAUAUGUCCUGCAACAACCGGAAGCUCAACCUCGAAGCCCACCUCUACAUCAGAGAAAUAGUAAAGAUGGUGGCAAUUCAAACAGGAGAAAGCACAGCAACGAUAGCCGGGGGUAUCGACCAUACUGAUUGCUUUUUAUUAGGUUUAUUUUCAUGGUAGAUGGAGAGUUUAUUUACUCAUUCCCCAGCAGUGAUCUGCGACCGUUAUAAACCAAACUGUGAUCAAAAUGAUUGUGCAUGAAACAGAUAUACUUCAUUUGACGAUGCGGUCAUGUUCAUAUUGAUCAUUGU